AUGCUUCUUUUGCUGACAGAGGAUGAGAACUGGCUUGACAGGUUGCUUUAUUGUUCGUGUGCGGAAAUGUUGCGAAGAUCGGUUCGGCGAUUUGCGUUAUCGAUAUCGCUUUUAACAGUGAUUUACACAGCCACGAUCCUCAUUAUGGACUAUCAGGAUGGGUCGCGGAUGCAGCGUAAUGUGUCACGUAAAGCCCAGUCAGGAGCGAAAGUUAAUGGAGUAAAGAGAGACAGCCUAGAAAGUAUGCAAGGAAUUGUCGUUGAUGGGGAUCGUGUUUUCCAAAAAGUACUACAUAGACCAUCAUCUUCGCAAAAUUACUUUAUUGCACCAAAUCGCAUUUUUCAUUUGGAUUUGAAAGGCGCAGCACCAAAAAUGGGCUAUUUAUUGAAGCUUGUUCCAUUUAUUAAACAGAUUGGAGCAACAGGAAUAAUGAUCGAAUAUGAAGACAUGUUUCCAUUUACAGGUAAACUAAGCGGGAUAAAAGCUGGUAAUGCAUAUACUUUGGAUGAAUUGCGUCGUUUUCUCCGUGCAAUCCAGACACAUAAUUUGGACAUUAUACCUCUUGUGCAAACAGUGGGUCAUCUGGAAUACAUUUUGAAAUACCCUAACUUCUCCAAAUAUCGCGAAGAGGAGCGAUAUCCACAGGUAAUUUGUUUGACGGAUGAAGGAGCAGUUGAUUUGGUUCAGGAAGCGCUGAGACAAAUAUUAAAUCUACACAAAGAUUUUGCCAUGAAAUAUUUCCACAUUGGAGCAGAUGAAGUUUUUCAAAUCGGUCGGUGUGAAAAGGACAGAAGCUACAUGGUAAGCAACAAUGUUGACACGGAAUUCUUGCUUCUUAGGCACAUUGCGAGAAUAUCGAAGUUUGUUAAGGCUCAAGUCCCAAACAAAAAAGUAAAUGUAUUGAUUUGGCACGAUAUGCUAGUAAAUUUACAAGCACAAAAUGUUUUGAAGCAUGGUUUGAGUAAUUUGGUCGAGCCAGUAGUAUGGAAUUAUAUGGAAAAUUUGGAUGAUCAGUUGUUACCUGAUUUUUGGCAGAGAUUAUCCUCAAUGUUUUCGUACGUUUGGGGAGCUUCUGCUUACAAAGUGCCGAUGGUCCAGAUCAGUAUGCUUCUAAUGUUCAACAUUACUUGA